AUGGAGAAAGAGUUAAAUGUUACCUUUCUAACUCUGGACUGGUACACGGAAAUUAACAAGUACAGAUAUAUUUUAUUUUUUACUAUGUUUACAUUAUAUAUUCUAAUAAUCUGCACUAAUUCUACUAUUCUGUAUUUAAUUUUUACUCAUAAAAACCUCCAUGAGCCUAUGUACAUUUUCAUUGCAGCCUUGCUACUUAACUCUGUUCUUUACAGCACAACUAUGUACCCAAAACUUCUGAUUGACUUUUUAUCUGAAAAACAAGUCACAACAUAUUCAGCCUGUCUCUUUCAGUUUUUUAUGUUUUACACUCUAGGUGGUUCAGAGUUACCUCUCUUGACUGCCAUGGCCUAUGACAGAUAUGUGGCUAUAUGUAAACCUCUGGAAUAUCAAACUAUCAUGACAAAAACUACUGUGAGUAUUUUCCUUGUUGUGGCUUGGCUUGUACCUGCUUGUCAUAUUGCUGUCCAAGCAAUAGCAAGUGCUGAAGCUAAAUUGUGGGACUCUAAUAUAAAAGGAAUAUUUUGUAAUAAUGCAGUUUACACUCUUCAGUGUCAAAGAUCAAGAUUAAUUACUGUCUUUGGUGUGGUUAGUUUACUAGAUCUUGUAAUACUUCCUAUGCUCUUCAUAGUUUUCACAUACACAAUAAUAUUUAUUGUUUCUUAUCAAAGUUGCAAAGAAAUUAGGAAGAAAGCUGCAGAGACCUGUUUACCCCAUCUCUUACACUGUUCCAAAAAAUAUCGCACGCCACACGCUUUCCCAAAUGAUGCUGCCGCGCUGUGGGGUAUUUUUCUAGCAUCCCUUAAUGAACAGAUGAAAGAUCAGCUAGCUGUACACGACGAGCUGGCCACGUUCGAAGCGCUCGCCUCUCUCGCUCUCAGGAUUGAUAAUCGACUGAGGGAAAGAGACGCUGAGAGAUGUUCCAAGCCCUCUCCGUCUCUGUUUCGGCCUGCGACUACUUCCACGUUACCCCCACCACUUCUGGUAACAACAUCCGCCCGUCCUCACUCUCCUUCCCCAGAGCCUAUGGAAAUCGGCUGCUCACGGCUCACUCCUGAGGAGCGGGAACGGCGUUCCCGAGCCGGAGAGUGUUUCUACUGCGGAGGAAGCGGCCAUUGCAUCGCUGUCUGCCCGGUCCGGCAAAAAGGUGUGGCCCGCCGGUAA